AUGGCUCUCGGCGGAAUAAAUCCGAAUCGUUUCGAGAUUGAUCGGAAGAAGACCGAGAACGGUAUUCCACCAUCCCGCCAGCUCUGUCGACACGACACCCAAGAUCGAGGAGCCCACCAGGCAAUGCAGAAUGAACAGCAGGGGCACGAGACCGAGGGUUCCUUUCUUGCCCACCGCGUCUUUCACAGCUUUCACAGCCUUCACAGCUUUCGCAGCCUCCUUGCUCACGUGCACGCAGGAGUCGAAGCCACCGAUCGUCUAGAUAAGGCUGAGCCAGGCGAGCAUGUUAGCCCAGCCGGUCGGCCACGUCGUGCGGUUGGCCGUCCGCGUGGAGAGGUAUCAGCCUCCCCCGCCAGCAGCUCCAGCUCCAGCUCCAGCUCGGUUGGCGGAACAUUGGAAGGGGGCAGUCGGGGCGCACUCUUCCCCGGAAUUUGA